GUCUCCGCCCUUCCUCGGCUCCACCCCCUCCGCUGCCCACGCUGCUGCCCCUCCUGCUGCCGCUGCUGCUGCUCCUCCUCCUGCUCAGACCUCUGCGGGCAGCAGGGGCAGCAGCAGGGGCAGCUGGGGCAGCUGGUGGUGGGGCAGCAGCAGGGGCAGCAGCAGGGGCAGCAGGGGCAGGGUCAGAGGGCGGCUGCCCCCAGGGCUGCCAGUGCCUCGACUCGCCUGCUACCCUCAGCUGCCCCGGGGCGAACAAGAUGGCCGUGCCCCGGGGCAUCGCUGCCCUGGGGGCACGGAGAGUCUUCCUGCAGGGCAACCACAUCGGACGCCUCGAGCGGGGAGAGUUCGGCGAUCAGGUGCUCACCCUCUGGCUACACUCCAACAAUUUGAGCCGCGUCGACUCCGAGGCCUUCCGGGGUCUCUCGCGCCUCGAGGAGCUCGACCUGGGGGCGAACCCGGCCCUCAGGAGUCUCCCCGUGGGGGCCCUGGGCGGCCUCCGCUCGCUCACGGCCCUGCACCUCUACCGCUGUGGCCUGGCACAGCUCCCCACGGGCCUCUUCGACGACCUGGAGGCGCUGAGAUUCCUGUACCUGCAG